AUGGAGGUGGUGAGCAGGACAGACCCCCACCUGCGAGAGGUGGUGUGGUUUGCGGUGCGCUGCAGAGCCCUGACGCUUCUGCUGCAGGCCCUCUUCAACCUCCUGAUCCCAGAUCACGCUGCAGACGCUUUCUCCCCUCCUCGCCUGUCCCAGCCUGGCCUGUGGGACGUGCUGGUGGAGCAGCUGCUGGGAGGGCUGUCGCGCUGGGACGCGGAGCACUUCCUCUUCAUCGCCGAGCGCGGUUACCUGUAUGAGCACAACUGUGCCUUCUUCCCGCUGUACCCCCUGAGCCUGCGAGCCGUGGCCGAGGGGGCUCUGUGGCCCCUGCACUGGCUGCUGUGUGUGCGGAGCCGCCUGCUGCUCUCAGCUGUGCUGCUUAACUCCCUCUUCUCUGUCCUGGCAGCCGCUGCCCUGUAUCAGCUGGGCUGCGUCGUGCUGCAGUGUCGCAGCGUGGCUUUCCUCGCUGCCAUCCUCUUUUCAGUCAGCCCUGCCAACGUUUUUAUGGCAGCUGCUUACUCAGAGAGCAUGUUUGCCUUCCUGGCGUUCAGUGCCAUGUGGCAACUGGAGAAGGGGCAGAGCUGGCUCAGUGGACUGCUCUUCUCCCUUGCGGCUGGGGUGCGUGCCAACGGGCUUGUUAAUGCUGGCUUCUUUCUCUACUCCUGCAGUAAAUGCUUUGCCCUCCAGCUCCAGGUGGGUUCGGGGUCAAUGAGGACGUUCCCUCAGCUGUGGAAGCAGCUCCUCAGCGUGGCAUCUUCAGUGGUUCUGAUGUGUGCUGGGGUUUUCCUACCUUUUGCUUUAUUUCAGUAUUAUGCCUACAUGAGGUUCUGUGGUCCCGGAACCAGCCCGGAGCAGACUGUUCCUAAGCCACUGGUCCAGCUGGCUCUGGACAAGGGCUAUUCUCUGGCAGCCCCAAAUGGGGUAAAACCCCCUUGGUGCUCCCAGCAGGUCCCUGUGGUCUAUUCCUAUAUUCAAGACACUUACUGGAACGUUGGCUUUCUGAGGUAUUUUGAGCUCAGGCAGAUACCAAAUUUCUUGCUUGCUUUGCCUGUCACGCUUCUGGGCUCAUGGGCUGCCUGCACCUACAUCAUUGCAAACCCGCGGCACUGCCUAACUCUUGGUCUAGAGAGAAGAAAGAGUGAAGAGGAGGGUAAACCAAGAGCUGGAUUUUGCUGCCCUGCUGUCUUCGUCUAUGUGGUCCAUGCCACGGUCCUGCUGGCAUUUGGGUUCUUCUGCAUGCAUGUGCAGGUGCUGACCCGGUUCCUCUGCUCCUCCUCUCCCAUCCUGUACUGGUUCCCUGCUCCCCGCCUUCACGAAUACGAACCUUUACUCUGGAGUGAAGGGACUGAUGAUCAAACCUCUGCAUCUCGCUGCGAGGAAUCUCUUCUGGGUAAAUCAGGUUCCUGUGAGAACCCUGUUGUGAGGCUGCUGCUGAACUACAGAUCCAUCACCCUGCUCAGCACUUGCAUCCUCGGAUUCUUCCUGUCCUACUGGCUGCUGGGGCUGGUUCUGCACUGCAACUUCUUGCCGUGGACAUAG